AUGAGAUAAAAACAUUUAGUGAACGAGUUGAUCAAUAUUCGAGAUGAAAUGAAACACAUAAAUGUAUUUGCUUAUUGAUAAUCAAGAAUAGAAUAAAAACAAAUAGUUCUACAAAGAAUCAUGAAUUCAUUUCUCAUCAAAAUACAAAUUUCAAAAUUAGAAAAUAUUGUCAUCAAUUAAUAUAGAUUAAACCUCCUCAAUUUUUUAAAUAUUUUAUUUCUGAAUACUUUUUAUUAGACUUAUUAGAAAAAUCUGAUUAUGAGAAAAUACUUAAAAUUACUUUGAAGUUUAUCGUUAAACAUUUUUAGGAUUAAGAAUUAUAUUAAAAAUAUGAUAAUUAAUAUCAAUCAAAUGAAAAAAAUGCUGAAAAAAUUAAUAAGAUUAUAAAAGAAGUUGUUUCACCAAUUAAAAGUAAAAUUGAAUCUUAAACACAAUUUUAUGAUCAACAAUUAAAAAUUAAUCAUAGAUCAUGUCAAACAUAACCGUGUUAUUCAGAAUCUUAAUAAGUAAUCUAAUUUAAUUUAGGACUUCGUUAACAAUCAUCUAUAAUAUCCUCUAUUCAAUAAGAUAAUUUAAACUCUCCCAAAUUUAAUGAAAAUACUAUUAAUGCUAUUGAUGAAAUUUCAUUCGAAAAAUCUUGUAUUAAGAAAGGAAGUGAAAAUCAAAUUGGAAAUCAUACUAAAUAAAAUUAAUUAGAAAAUAAUGAAAAAAAACAUCCUUAUAGUGUAAGUUUAUUAUCAACACCUAAAUAAAAUGAAUUUGAUAAUAAAAAAUAAGGAAUUUUUAAUAAUAAUAAUAUUACAGUUAGAGAAACUAAAAGAAAAGAAAAACAUAAAACAUCAUUAGAAUUUUUAACAUAUGAUAAAUAAGAUGAAAUUAAUAAAAUUAAAAAGUAAUUACCAUCUACUAUGUUGUCUCUUGAUUUCAUUAAAUAAAGAAAGAAAAUUCCAGAAUCAAAGAAAGGUUCAAAUAUAUUAUCUAAUUAUUGA